AUGCUCUCUGUGAAUAUACUUCGUGUUCUGAGCUGUCUGCUUCUGUUGUUCCAGGUCGUACAGACAGCAAUCAUCCCCAUUCGCCAGUAUGACUCGGAAGAGCAAGACGAUGCGACCAAUGAUGAUACCAACUCCCAGGGCAGCAAGCCUAGCCAUGCACUAAUGGCACCCUCAGCUUCGGCGAUAACCACCACACCCCUGCAGUCGGGAGGCAAUCUCGCUGGGGGUACAGAAAUUAUCAUUCCUUACUAUGCCUACCCAGCGGAUGGGGCCUGGACGCCUGUUGAGCAGCUUGCCGCCAACAACCCCAACGUGAAGUUUACUAUCAUCAUUAACCCCAGCAGCGGUCCAGGUGGAGAUAGACUGCCAGACGCCAACUGGCGCAAGGCAAUCCCCAAGCUGAGGGCACACCCCAAUAUCGCCGUCAUCGGCUACGUUGCGACAGGCUACGGAGGCCGAGCUCUGUCUGCUGUUGAGCGCGAUAUUACCACGUAUGCCAACUGGCCGACUCUCAGCGGUGAUGCCUCCUUCGCCGUUCAGGGCAUCUUCCUCGACGAAGCAGCCGCUGAGCUUGAUGACAAGAAAGUGACAUUCUACAAGCAACUCACUACUAAAGUCAAGAAGAACAAGGGCUUUGGCCCACACAACAAUGUGGUCAUGAACCCUGGAACAAUCCCCGACAACGCCUACCUCGAGAUCCCCGACUUGACGGUCAUUUUCGAGUCCCCGCACAGAGAGUUCCAAGAGGCGAUGGCGGGACAUGAAUUCGACCGCGUCAAAAACAUCGACAAGGCUCGUCUCUCGUCCAUGGUCACCUCCGUCCCUACGGGAACCGAUCUGGCGGGUCUGGUCGGGCAGCUCCGCGAGAUUACUGGCCAUAUUUAUCUCAGCAACUCAGCUAGUUAUCUCGAGUACCCUCAGGCCUUGGAUGAGGCGGCGCGCAUUAUUGGUUCCAGUUGA